GAAAAAUGAAAGUGAAAGAUUUAGAGACAAGAGAUACACCGAGGAACAGUCACUGGAACAGGAGAGAGAUUCCUAAUUCAGCAAUGGAAUAUAACCAGCUCAGAGACGACAUUCAGAACUUCAGUCUGGACAAUUGUCCUCUGGGGAACCAGGGCUACAACCGGGUCCUACUGCAGCUGUUUGGGUAUAUGGGGCACGGCAAGUCUGCCCUCAUAAACUCACUCAAAUAUGUUCUGUAUAGAGGAUCAUUUUCAGUUGAAGCUGAAUCAGGGGUGACAACUCAUGGUGGUUCUUACACUAUGGAGAGAAGAGUCUACACACUCACACCCACCAUCACAGUUGUGGAUAACAGAGGACUUGUAUUCAUGAAUGACUAUGAGAUGAGCAUGAUUUAUGCUCAGUUGGGUAACUUCAUGCCCCUUAAUGAGAAAGUGGAAUGGAAAGACAGUUAUGAAGACUUCAUGUACAAGCUCGAGGAUUCUGAGUUGGAUCCAAAUUACACAGACUUUAUAGUUCCAGUCUUUGUUUAUAAGGUGCAGACCAAAUUGCCAGAGCAAGAGAUGUCACAAAUUAAAGCAUUUUGUAAAAUCUGCCGAGACAUGACAGGUGUUUUCCCAAUCAUUGUCCUCACACACAAAACAAGUGAGAAUUAUUUUGAAGUUGAAAAGAAGUUUAGAUGUUUGGGUGCAGAGGUGGUUGUGGCAGUGGAGAAUUACUCCAAUGAGGAUCAGCUACAGACACUGGGGAGAAAUACAGAUUUCCUUACACUCCUCAAACAUGCCGUGGAUAAUGUCAUGUUCCGGAUGGAGCACCCAAGAAAACCAAAGGAAGACCGUAUACAGAGAAAGAAAUUCCUAAAUACAUAUGUCCAUGAUACUGAUGUAACUAAUAAGAUCAAUGAGAUUAAAAGAAAGGAAGAGGAGGCUACAAGACUGGCUGAGGUAAGAAUGAAACAAGAAGAGGCUAGAAGACUGGCUGAGGCAAGAAUGGAACAAGAAGAGGCUACAAGACUGGCUGAAGCAACAAUGGAACAAGAAGAGGCUACAAGACUGGCUGAGGCAACAAUCGAACAAGAAGAAUGUGAUCCAGCUAGUAGCAGCAAUAAAAAGAAAACAUGCACAACUCAAUGACAUGUUACAAUUUAAUUUACUAUUUACUACUUAAGAAGUAUAUUAACCCCGCCUACAUUCAGUGAUUAUUUAAAUCAAUUAUAUAUUGCUAUAAAGUGGACCAAUUGAUUUCCCUUGGAUCCGGUUUACUUAUGUUGCUCGAUUGUAUUAUUACCCUUAUAACUUAUUGGUAUCUGUGUGCAAAAAAGGACGUAAUAAAUGAUUAAAAAUAAAUUAACGAUGUUGAAGUUUUAAUUGAUUAACCUCUGUACCGUAUAUAUAAUAAAUCAAUUAUUUUAUAAGUGCCAUGUGCUUAUCUCGCUCAUAAUUCAUUUUGCUCCAUAAUUAAAGUCAUUAACUUCUAUGUGAUGAAUUCAAUCAAAAGUAUAAUAAA